AAAGAGAAUGUCCAAGCCUAAGUUGUGACUUAUUUUUAUGUUUUUGAAAGAAAGUUGCGACAGUUUCGUGCCUCUCCCUGAUGCUGAGAAUCUCAAAUCUUUCGACAUCUUCUCGAUACGUGGCAGUGACCACAAGAAUACGGCUUCAACUACGUUGUCUCUGCUCACCUUCUCCACCACCAUCAUCAUCCUCUUCUGUGCCUAGCGAGGACCAUAUCGUCCGUCUCAUCCUAGACCAAAAAUCACCUUCAGGAGCUCUACAAACUUUCCAAUGGGCCUCCACUUUCCCUGGGUUUACCCACUCUCACUCCACAUACCGUGCUCUCUUCCACAAGCUCUGUUCUUUCCGCCGUUUCGAAACCGUCUACCAACUGCUCGACGAAAUGCCUAACUCUAUCGGUUCCCUUCCAGACGACGCUAUCUUCAUAACCAUCGUCCGAGGAUUAGGCCGCGCUAAACUAACCAAACGUGUGAUCAAUGUCGUCGAUCUUGUUUCGAGAUUUGGGACCAAACCAUCAGUAAAAGUUUUCAAUUCGAUUCUUCAUGUGUUGGUGAGAGAAGAUAUUGACAUAGCUAGAGAGUUCUUCAGAAGGAAGAUGAUGGCUAGUGGGAUCCAAGGUGAUGAGUACACAUACGGGAUCUUGAUGAAAGGUCUUUGCUUGACGAACAGGAUUGGCGAUGGUUUCAAGCUUCUUCAGAUCAUGAAGACACGCGGCGGUGUGGCUCCAAACGCUGUGAUUUAUAACACUUUGCUUCAUGCACUUUGCAAAAACGGGAAAGUUGGGAGAGCGCGGAGUUUGAUGUGUGAGAUGAAGGAACCGAAUGAUGUGACUUUCAACAUCUUGAUAUCUGCUUACUGCAACGAGCAGAAGUUGGUUCAGUCAAUGGUGUUGCUGGAGAAAUGCUUUGGUUUGGGGUUUCUUCCUGAUGUUGUCACGGUGACUAAGGUGAUGGAAGUUUUGUGCAGUGAAGGACGUGUGUUUGAGGCGCUCGAGGUUUUAGAGAGAGUGGAAAGUAAAGGAAGUAAAGUAGAUGUUGUAGCUUGUAACACUUUGGUAAAAGGGUACUGUGCGGUGGGGAAAGUAAGAGUUGCUCAGCGCUUCUUUGAAGAGAUGGAGAGGAAGGGUUACUUGCCUAAUGUAGAAACGUACAAUCUGUUGGUUAAUGGGUUUUGUGAAGCUGGAAUGUUGGAUUCAGCUCUUGACAUUUUCAACGAUAUGAAAACGGAUGCGGUUAGAAGGAACUUUGCUACAUUUAACACGUUGGUAAAAGGGCUAUCAGUAGGAGGGAGGGUUAACGAUGGUUUAAAGAUAUUGGAACUUAUGGAGGAAAGCGAGAACGUUCGUGGGGCGAGAGUUGAUCCUUACAAUAGUGUUGUCUAUGGCUUUUACAAAGAAAACCGUUGGGAGGAAGCUCUGGAGUUCUUGCUGAAGAUGGAGAAACUGUUUCCGAGGGCUGUUGACAGAAGCUUCAAGUUGAUAAAUUUAUGUGAGAAAGGCAGUGUGGAUGAUGUGAAGACAGCGUAUGAUCAAAUGAUCGGAGAAGGAGGAGUGCCUAAUGUGGUAGUAUCACAUUGCUUGGUUCAUAGGUACAGCCAAGAAGGCUACAUGGAAGAAACACUUGAGCUUAUAAACGACAUGGUGACCAGAGGCUAUUUGCCUCAGUCGUCAACAUUCAAUGCUGUCGUUCUUGGUUUCUGUAAGCAAGAUAGAGUCAUGAACGGCAUCAGGUUUGUGGAAGACAUGGCUGAAAGAGGUUGCGUACCUGAUGGAGAAAGCUACAAUCCGUUGCUAGGAGAAUUGUGCGUGAAGGGUGAUUUGCAGAAGGCUUGGUUGACUUUCUCACGAAUGGUGGAGAAGAGUAUUGUCCCUGAUUCUUCUAUGUGGAGUUCACUGAUGUAUUGUCUCAGCCAGAAAACCGCGUUCCACAGAGACAUAGACACCUUAUUGGAGGACAUAAUCAAAACUUAGAGCUAGAGGCAGUCACAACUUUAUAUGCUUGUUGGGCUCGAACGUGAGAUCUUGA